AGGGAACUUAAAGUCAUAAUGGAUAUCAUCAAGACUUCAUUACUAGGAAUUCUGCUGUACGGAUUUUUUCUAUCAAGUUCUUCCCAGGUCACAGACUGUUCCGGUGCCUGUAAUUUGCAAUUCCGUUGCAAUCCCUAUGAUAAACAUCUUUAUUGGGCUAUUUCCGAAGGCGUUUGUCGCGUUUUCAAAAACGGAUGUUUCUUUUCAUCGCAUAACUGCCAAAGAGAAAACAGAUGUUUACGGCCUUUGAAUUCUACAUCCAAAGCGAGAUGUAUUGAAUAUUGUCAAGUGACAUGUCCUUUAGGAGGACCCCAGGUUUGUGCUUCGUUUAGCUAUGUGGACGCUAGAAUGAACAGAGAUCGCCAAAGAACUUUUCAGAACCGUUGUUACUUAGAUCAAUUUUCCUGCCAAUAUGACAAUGCUUACAUUGGUGAACCAUCCAUCGGACCAUGUUCAUAAGUGGUACAUCUUCAAUUAAAUUUAAAAAAAAACAUUAUUUUUUCUUAUAAAAUCAUUCAUUAUAUAAUUUUCUGCAAAGCCUUAUAGUAUAUAACUUUUAAUAUAGGUGUAUGUCCCAUAUACUUAAAGUUGAUUUUAAUUUAAAAAAAAUAAUCAAUCAAAAAUAAUAAGAAAUAUAUAAAUAAAAAACUAUGACGUCAUCACACGUUUUGUGUGAAAAAUAUAAAUCAGGUCUCACCAGGUUGUACAUUGUUUGCUGAAAAAUAUGGUUCGAUACAUGCGUGUCCUAUAUUUUUAUACCAAAACCAUAUAUAAAACGGAUUAUGAGAUCUAGAUAGUGUCAGUUUAAUUGCUCCGCGGCAAAAUGAAGUGGAUCUUCUUCGCAGUUAUUUUUUCCAUCCUAGGAUUGUCAAUAUGUGGACCUGAUUGUGGUGCCUGCGAUCGGCGUAUAGAGUAUCUAUGCGGUAAGACGGUGAGAAAUCGUGAAGAGGUGUAUUGCACUUUUUCAAAUCCCUGUGAGAUGAAUCGGCGAGCUUGCCUAAAUAGGGAAGAGUGGCGGAAAUUUUCAACAGGUCGAUGCACACGCGACUCGCCUGCUUGCACACAGUAAAGGGAAAAUCACCUGGUCCCAGGAGAAGCAGCUGAAUAUUUUUAUAAAAUUGUAUAAAUAUUGACACAAUUGACAGCACAAAAUAUAUAAGGCAAUAUUUUUUGGUAGUCCACAAAA